AUGGCUACGCGUAUCAUUACGGAUCUGCCCGUCGAGCUCCUCGUGAUGAUCUUCUUCUUUCUCGAUGCUCGCGAUCUGAUCAACUGUAAACAAGUGUGCCAAUUGUUCCUACAACUUAUACGCGACUCCACUGUGCUGCAAUAUUUCUAUGAACUGGAGCUUGCGGGCAUGGCCGAUGAGCCCUUGUGCCCGCUUCCUUACGUAGAGAGACUGCGAAAAUUACGGUCUCUGCAGCACAUGCGCCGCACCGCAGAGCUUGUGCCAGGGACGUCCUUUCCACAAUGGACGGCGCUCGUGUGGACGACCACGCCCGGUGGUCUUUUCGCGCAAGCAAACAUGCGAGGCGGGAUUGACUUCAUCCAGCUUCCAUCCGCAGUUCUUGGCGUUUCAGAGCGUCGAUGGUCUGUCCACAGCGACGGGCUCGAGAUGGAGAUGGAGACAAUGUGUAUGGAUCCAUCACAGGACGUUGUUGUCGUGACAGGGUGGGAUCGGGUGCCCAACAGACCACAUGAGAUCAACCUGUCAGAUGCAGGCAGAUAUGAUGAGAAAGACGAUGUCGAAGAAAACCGCAGGGAAGGACGGCAAACUCGUCUAGAAGGCGACUAUGUAGCGCAUCUUGGCUCUUGGGACCAUGAAUAUGCGAUUCUGGUGUGGGAUUGGAAGACGGGUGAUUUGCUUUGGGAAAGUAUCGUAUAUCGUGCAUGUAUAUGGACUCUACCUAACACCGUGAUCACACAGCAUCUACAAAAAGAUCCAGAAGAAGAACCAGAAUAUAAAUACAAUUCCUUUGACUUCAUCGACAGCCGGCAUCUACUUGCGACGGAGGACAAUGGCAUUGAUAUCUUCGUGCUAGACCGACCAAGCACAUACACUGGGGUUCCAGUCUUCAUUCGAGGUGCUCUCUGCCUGUGGGAUUAUCCUAUACGUAAAGGGCAAUCAUUCACUCUGCCCCAGCUCAUGUCAACGCACAAAGGCGGAUGCUCGCAGAGGAAUCCAGCUCAACCAUUCUACUCGUCCCCACAUCGUGGUCUCGUUGCUGUCGCCUGUUACGGCGCGCCGUUGAGCGCCGGUGACUCGGACUCCAUCUGGACGGAAGUGAUUUUGGUGCCUGCGUCCAUGGUCCGGGAGUGGAGUCUGCGUGCACAGGCCGACGAAGAAGACGAGGCCAAAUUUAUGGGAAGUAAUGGGCUCGUUGAAUGGGCAUACUGGGCACCAUACUACCCGAGAAUGCGGCGCACCGGCAGGCCGUUCUCCGCAGAGGUGCAGGGCAUGCAUGCGACCGUCGCCAACGUCGAAGGGGACAAACUUGUGCUGGAUCAUAUCGACUACACCGUCGUCGGAGGUAAAGAAGCGGAAUUUGAUUUCAAGACCCACCCUGGCCGUGGGGAUGAGUGGGAUGCAGGGAAUGAGCUGUGUGUCAUCCCUGAGGACAGUGAAGGCGUCCAUUCAGCAUACGCCGAGGCUCGGCCGUUAAUUCAGGGCUUUCCACAGUAUCUAGUCAUCCUCCCAGAUUAUGCAAUCUUGCAGGAGUACAAGGAUGAUAAUGGGGACCAUCAGUGGCAAAUUUAUCAUAUCGUCGCCUCUGAUUCCAGUGGUUCGUGA